CAUGUGUGUGCUGUAAUGAGGGACUUCCACCAUGGAGGUGAAGCAUUUGAUAAUGCAGAUAAUGGUGAUGACCGGUCUGAGAGCAUUCUUGCUGAGAACCACGUGGAUGGCACCGUGGGGAUCCUGAGUGGAGCUGGAGGGAGGAAGCCCAUGAAGACGGGCAUGAAGGAGCUGGCAGUGAUGAGGGAGAAGGUGAACGAGCAGCAGCGGCAGAUGGGCAAAGUCAGCAAGGCCCAUCACAACCACGAGGACUCCAAAAAGUCACGGCUGUCGACAGGCAGGACCCCUUGUCAGCAGGAGCUGGAUCAGGUCCUGGAACGCAUCUCCACCAUGCGGCUGCCAGAUGAGCGAGGGCCCCUGGAGCACCUCUACUCCCUUCACAUCCCCAACUGUGACAAGCAUGGCUUGUACAAUCUCAAACAGUGCAAGAUGUCGGUGAAUGGGCAGCGUGGCGAGUGCUGGUGCGUGGACCCCAUCCAUGGGAAGGUGAUCCAGGGUGCACCCACCAUCCGCGGGGACCCCGAGUGCCACCUCUUCUAUACAGCCCAUGAGCAGGAGGACCGGGGAGCACACACCCUGCGGAGCCAGUAGACAGAUGUGAUCUUGCUGGCUGGAGGUGGCUCACUGUGGCCCCAGUGCUGGAUUUUACAUGGGUUUCAGCGUGUCUCUUUAGGCUCUGGAAGAGACUGGGUGCUGCCCUCCUUCCUCAGCUGCCUGGUUCCUGGGGAGGGGAGGGAUAAGGGGAGGGGAAGGUGGUGGGGGGUUUGCAAGGAGAAGGGACUGCUUUCUUAGUCUUUCACCCAACAUAAACCAGAGAACUGGUCUUUUUUGCUCCUCGCCCUGCAGCCCUGCCCUCCCUGCUGCUUUGCGGCAUCUUUCUGCACCCUCCAGCACAGAGUGCCAUGUGCUCCCUGACCCCUCCCAGGGGAUGAAACCCCUUGCUAUGAGUGGGAGAGGGUAAAAAAACUGAAAGAGCCCAGCCUUUCCCCCUCUUUUUCUCUCUUCCCCAAGACCAAAGACUGUAAAUACUGUCACCUGCCUCUUGUGUCCUGCCAGUCAGUCUCUUGUGCCCCAGCCCAGCCAUCAGUCCUGGCAUGGGAUGUGGUGUAGGAGGGAGGAAAGGAAGAAAGACCCUGGAUUCCCAGCUUGAGCUUACCACCACAGCUGGGAUGUGUUCCCCCAAGGAAGCAGCAAUGAGGGGAAGGGCUAAAGAUGAGGGAGCUGCCACCUUGUCCCCUAAUAACACUCUUGGGUGCUUCCUUUGCUUGUGCUGGGGCACAGCCAACUCCACAGGGGCCCAGCUUCAGCCACUGGUGUGGGAGCAUGGGGUCUUUGGGUGAUAGCAAAGCUAAAUGCUUGUUUUUCUAAGGGAUUUGAAGGGCUUUUGCACAGUAUUUCUUAGGAUCAGCUUAUGCCGAGGGAGCUAAAAUGAACUUGCCGAGGCUGGGUGGAAUGGUGCGUGUGUAGAUUUAGGAUAACAAGCCAGGGAAUGUUUCUCUUUCUCUCAUUCAUUUUUUCUUUAUUUCUAGAUAGGAAAAAACAAAACAAAACAUCUAAAACCUGCGUUCCCAAGCAGCUGCCCUUGUCCCUCCAUUUUUGCCUGGGACUGAAGUGAGCAUCUGUUAUUCAGCACAUACCUUUUUCUUUUUGUAAGUAAAUUACAGUAUAUAUCUUGCUUUGUAAAGGCCCUCACACACACACACAUGCAAACACACACACAGACACACACACACUCUCACACUUCUCUGCCCACAUACACAUUUGUAUAGAUGAAAUCCAAGUGAUUCCAGGUGCUCUGAGAGGUUUUGUGCUGGACAUGCUGAGGAGAGAUGUGUCUCUGCUGUUAAUUCACCUGUUGAUUUCUUUCUGUACAGAACACACUGAUGCUGAGAAUAAAUAACUUCCCCAUUGCCUAAGCAAGGAGGUUUUAUUAUUUUCUUUUUUUUUUUUUUAAUAUGGAUGUCCUUAUUAUAGCAAUUGUAAAAGCCCUGUCCUUGGAGUAAACGUCUCGGGCUUUUCUUAAAUGGUUUGUUGUUUCUUGUCCCCCUUCUUGGACCCACAUUUCAGAUCCAAAGUGUAAAGGGCACAGGUGGCCUUUGUUAAAUUAGGGCCCUCGUGCCUUUGCAGGGGUUUGGACGUGGCAGUGGAGGAGACUGGGGAAAAAACCCCUCUGGAAAGUCGGGGAUGGGCAUAUGUGGAUGUGUAUGAAUGGGAGCAAAUGAAAGAAGAAAACACACCUCCAUGCAAAACCAAGUAACUGUAAAAAUGAUGCUACCUGUUUUCUGUUAACAUCUGAGGGUGUUCUGCUUUUUCAUAUAAAACUUGCACAUGCUGGCUCUCACCUGCAGUUUGUACUUUGUUUUGUUUAGGAAUAGGGAAGUUCUGUUAUUUGUUUGCCUUCUUCCAUUUUAAGAAAGCCAAGCUACAUAAGGUUGGAAUAAAUUAAAUAGGAUUCCAGAAAA